AUGUUCAAGGUGCCUACCAUUGAAAUGAACGGGGUGACCAAUGAUCCAAGUGGGUUACCACGGUUUCAGAGGCAGGGCCGACAAUAUAAUGAGAACAUGGCGUUCACCAUCAAUUUGGGCCUCAUGUUUGGCAUCAACAACCCGAACGUUGAAACACUCACGCUGGCGUCUGUCGAAGCGAUUGCUUUUUAUCCGACAGCGCCUACAACAGCCAUAGCCGAUGGUCAAAUCAACGAUGUUCAUAUCAACCGCUUUGGGUUCACCAACUUCACGUUUCCAAUUCAUAUCCAUUACAACAACACGGCCGAUCCGAAUUUCAGCAUGCUUCGAGAUAUCCACUCCAGAUGUAGCAAUGGGCAAGAUUUAAGCGUGAACGCAGAUAUCAAACCGGUCGUGAGUGUGAUUGGUGUGCAUAUACCCAUUCCAACGAUCCAUCAUACUGUCAACUUUGCAUGUCCUAUU